CGGAAUUUCCUCCCCACUUGUUUUCAGUCAUGCUGGGCAAGAGGAUCUUCUGUUUCUCAUUCUUGCCUGUUGUGUGGAGACUCAUGCUGCUGUUGGUUUGUCUCUGCACUUGGCUAGCAGCCCAGACCCAUGGAGCGCUGGUUGUUUUUCCCAGAGAUGCUCUUAAAGAGGAUGCCCAAGAAACUAUGGGCCCCAGCAUCAGGUCAAUAAAGAAAAGAAGCACAAACCCUGCAAAUGUGGUGGAGGUGUACAGUGUGAAGGUGGACUGCACUGUGACGUCUCGUUUUGCUCACACCGUCAUGACCUCUAAGGCCCUGAACAAAGGGAACACCUCCAAGGCAAUUGUCUUUGAAAUGGACCUUCCCAAGACGGCCUUAAUCAGCAACUUUAGCAUGGAAAUUGAAGGUCAGGUGUAUGUUGGGGAAGUGAAGGGGAAAGAGAAAGCAAAGAAAGAGUAUGAGAAAGCUGUUUCCUCUGGACAAACUGCUGGAUUGGUCAAGGUUUCUGGGAGAAAGAUGGAGAAGUUUUCGGUGUCUGUCAACAUUGCCGGAAAAAGCAGCGUCACCUUCAUUCUGACCUACGAGGAGCUCCUCAAGAGGAAUUUGGGACAAUAUGAGAUUUUAACCCGUGUUAAACCCAACCAACCAGUGCAGGAGUUUCAGAUUGUGACAAACAUCUAUGAGCCCCAGGGCAUCGCUUUUGUUGAGGCCACUGCAACUUUCCUCACAAAUGAUCUGCUCUCACUUGUAGAGAAAACAGUCACAGACACAAAGGCACACGUCUCUUUCUCACCAACACUGGAGCAGCAGAGGAAAUGUCCAGGAUGUGAAGGCACCAUCAUUGAUGGAGAUUUUAUCAUAAAGUACGACGUGAAACGAGAGAAGAGCCUGGGCCAUGUUCAGAUUGUGAACGGACACUUCGUACACUUUUUCGCUCCACCUGACCUGCCCAGAGUCCCAAAGAACGUGGUGUUUGUGAUUGACAGGAGCGGAUCAAUGUCUGGAAGAAAGAUUCAACAGACCCGGGAUGCUAUGGCCGCCAUCCUGAAAGACCUCAGUGAGGAGGACCACUUUGCUCUCAUCAUGUUUGAUAAUAAAAUUAUCACCUGGAAGGACUCUCUUACCAAAGCAUCAAAGCAAAAUGUGUCCAAAGCCAUCGCCUACAUCAGCAAGCUAAAGGACAAUGGAUCCACAAAUAUCAAUGAUGCUGUAUUAACAGCAGUAAAAAUGUUGAUGAGAGAAAGAGAAAAGAAGAACCUGCCAGAAAGGAGCACGGAUAUGAUCAUUUUACUGACUGAUGGGAUGCCAAACAGCGGAGAGUCUAACCUCCAGAAAAUUCAGGAGAAUGUGCACUCUGCUAUUGGGGGGAAAAUGUCCAUGUUCUGUCUUGGAUUUGGCAAUGACGUGAGUUACUCCUUCCUUGAUCUGAUGAGCAGACAAAAUAAAGGACUGGCCCGGAGAAUUUUUGAGGGGUCAGAUGCAGCACUCCAACUUCAGGGUUUCUAUGAGGAGGUGUCCAGCCCUCUGCUCUUGGACGUGGAUCUGCAUUAUCCUGACAACUCUGUGGAAGCCUUGACCAAAAACCACUACAGCCAGUUAUUCAACGGCUCAGAGAUUGUAGUUACAGGUCGAGUGACGGACAACAACCUAGAUAACUUCUUGGUGGAAGUAUUUGCCAGGGGGCCUGAGGAGGAUUUCUCUGUGCAGGGUAAGGCCAGUGUGGUCAACUUUGAUGUGCUCUACCCAGAGCAGGACUAUAUUUUUGGGGAUUUCUCAGAGCGUUUGUGGGCCUACCUCACCAUCCAGCAGCUACUGGAGAACAGUGAUAUUGGCACUCAGCAGGAAAAAGACAAUGCCACAGCGAAGGCCCUGGAAAUGGCCCUUCGAUACAGCUUUGUCACCCCUCUCACCUCCAUGGUGGUCACCAAGCCAGAAACUGAAGAUGGACGUGACGACCUGCUCAUCGCUGAUAAACUUACUGAGGAUCAGCGACAGAAAGCAGAGAGGAACGUAGGUUCCUCAGCUCAUGCAGCAAGUUCAAGUGGCCAAUCUCAUGGAUCCUCAUCCAGGAGUUCCAGUCCCAAUCGUUACAAAUUCCGUGGCUCUGGUUCUCGUGGCCGAUCAGACGUGGACGGGGAUCCUCAUUUCAUGAUUGAGCUCCCAGACAGAAACGAUGCUCUGUGCUUCAACAUCAACGACAAGCCAGGAACCAUUUUCAACCUGGUCAGAGACCCAGAAUCAGGUUUUGUGGUCAAUGGACAAAUUAUUGGCAAGAAGAAAGUUUCUCUCGAUGGAAAAAUCAACACCUACUUUGGCCGUUUUGGUAUCAUUCACCAGAAGCUGGGGGUGAGGCUGGAGGUGAGCACUCAGAACAUCUCAGUGUUUCACCAUGGCAACAAGAUCCAGCUGCUGUGGUCUGAUUCAGCCUCAAUCAAAGAAACUGAUUUUCACCUCAGGUUGUCCAAAAACUCCAGUUUGUCAGUGACGUUGAGGCACUCCGUUAAAUUUAUGAUCAUUAGACACACAAAGGUUUGGAAGAGACGCCACGACCAGCAAGACUUCCUGGGUUUCUACACCAUAGACAGCCACCACUUGUCUUCCUCAGUGCAUGGUCUGCUAGGUCAGUUCUACCAUGGAGUUGGGUUUGAGAUAACAGACAUGCAUUCAGAUGAGCUUCAGGAACAUAUGUAUGCCACCAUGUUUGUGAAGGGCCAAACACUCAACGUGACCAGACACUGGCAGAUGGACUUCAGCAGGGAUCUAAAGAAUGGGGAAAAUAUUCCUUGCUGGUUUGUUGACAAUGAUGGAACAGGCCUCAUCGAUGGAAAAGCCUCAGACUACAUCGUGUCAGGGCUUUCUAAGACUACUUUUUGAAUUUUUGAAAAUUCAAUAUCCAAGUGGCCAUGUAGAAGGGCCACUUAAUCACAGAGGGAGUUUUGUGUAUUGAGACAUUUAUCCAAGAUUUCUACGAGUCACGCAGUAUAUCUUCACAAAUUAUACUUCUUCAGGCAACAACAUUUAUACCAGGAUAAGAUUUAAUGGCACAAUUUCCAGACCUGAAUUGUUGUCUUUAUAGCUCAUAAGCUAACACGUCGUUAAACAUGGAUAUUUUUCUGGCAACAUGUUCUGCUUUAUGAAAGCGACAACACAAUGUUAAUUGUUUUAUUAAAGGAAGAAUGUGCGACUUUUUGAUUAAUAGAUGUUGCCCUUUAGCACCAGAAUUAAACCAAAACAAACUGCUGUUUGGAGACACCUCCGCUAUUCUGAAGCCUCCGCUCUUCUCCUCCGGUACAGCUUCUACCACUCUCCACUCACCUUUGCACAAAGGAGUAAUCAAUUAGGACACACCAUAAUUAAGCACAAAAUUGACCUUUGCUCGAGCUGCAAUUGCCCGGUGGCCUUUACUCUAGUCCUUGACUAAAACAGGUUUGAUACUCCAUGUACAGUCCAUGUAAACAUGAUGUAAACACGGCCCGACAACAGAACAACUGGUGGGACUCAGGCUUGUCACUCAUAGACAGUCAAGAGAUACAUUAACAGAGGAUAUACUUGAUUUCUGCGUAAAAUAUAGCAUAUGCUUCCUUUAAGAGGUUUAUACAAAUUUGCAAUCAACUUAAAUUGUAUGAUGAGUAAAACUUUCAGGUCGGUGUCAAAAUCAGUCUGAUGAGUUUCCUGUAAACGAUUUAUAAAACAGCAAACCGAUUUCUGUUAUUAAUAUUUUUAUGGCAAUAUGGUUCAUGAUAUAUUAUCUUUACAUAUCAUAUAUAAUUAGUGUCAAAUUUUAAAAUGUAGUGUUUUUGUUCUUGUCUCUGGUUAUUGUGAUGUAAAGUUUGAACUCUGAAUCUGCUUUAGACAAUAAUACAAAAUUCUGACUGAUUUGUCACUAACGCACGAAAAAUAUCAUCUGCAGAUUUAUUCACCAGCUACUGUUGUCUCAAAAACUGCUUUUUUUUAUCUGAUUUGACCAAAAUAACUUUUUUAUAGUCAUUAUUUUCACUACCUGAAGUAUCCUCCUGUCAUAUUAAAUCAGACAUCGUCACACAUAUUUUUA